AUGUCUGCCGCUGUGGCAAACGUGCGUCGACAUUCGGUCUUCCUGACUCGCUCCCUUCUUCUGAGCAACCCACCAAACCGUGCGGGCAAACCUAUUCGUACAGAUGUCACCCGUGCUUACCGCGUCUUCACAGAUCUCUCCUCAUCCAUCCGACGCAGCUCGUCCCCUUACCGCGUCUCAACGUCCACCUCACACGUACCAGCAAGAGCCUUCAGUUCCUCAAGUCACGCCUCGUCCUCGCCAUCCAGCACCUCGAUCCCCCAUAUCUCCCUUCACAUCGCCGCCUCCAGCAGCGGCAAAGGCCGCCGUUUCCGGCCCGAUGCCAACACACAAGAAUUCAGCGCCAGCAGCGGACAGUCUCUCGGCGCACAGCGAGGCUCGUCCCUCCAAGAAAAGCGCCGCAGCCGUCCCGAUUCUGGACAAGAUGCCUAUUUUGUGGCUCCCGUUGGUAGCCACUCCCAUUCUACUACUCCGCAAUCUACUGCUUUUGCCAUCGCCGAUGGCGUUGGUGGCUGGACUGACCGGGGCAUCGAUCCCGCCGAUUUUAGUCACGGCCUGUGCACAUACAUGUCGUCGCUGGCUCAGUCCUUCAACGCUUCAGAUUCCGAGCCAAGCCUGAGCCCAAAACGACUUCUCGCACGUGGCUACCAGCAGUUGAUCAACGACCCGGACAUGGUUGGCGGCGGUACCACGGCCUGUGUGGGCGUCAUCGACCCUUCAGGACGUAUGCGCAUCGCCAAUUUAGGAGACUCGGGUUUCGUGCAAUUGCGGCUUGGGCGCGUGCAGCACCUCAGUGAACCACAAACACACGCCUUCAAUACGCCCUAUCAGCUGAGUCUCACGCCGCCGGAGAUACUGCGGCAGGCGCAUAUCUUCGGUGGCGUCCCCAUCGACGACAAACCAGGCAGUGCGGAGGAUUUCGACCUCGGUAUCAGCCAUGGUGAUGUGCUGGUGCUGGCAACAGACGGCGUCUGGGAUAACUUGGAUGCACAGGACUUGCUCAAGAUCGUCGGCGGCAUCAUGCGCGGCAGUGGCGCAUGGGAGCUGCACGGCGAGCACGGCGAGCAGGGCUUUGCAGUUUCGGACCAUAUACGGGACCUGGUCAGUCGGGAGAAAGGGUCCAAAGAGUCGCAAAUGCCAGAGACUCUGCAAGGGAUAUUGGCUGCGACGAUUGUCGGCGAGGCCAAGAACGCAAGUCUGAACGAGAAGAGGGACGGCCCGUUUGCAAAAGCGCUCCGAAAAUACUAUCCCGAAGAAGGGUGGCGCGGCGGAAAGGUGGAUGACAUCGCCGUGCUUGUGAUAGUUGGCGUUGAGGAGGGCGGAGAGGCGAACUUGAAGGCCAAGUUGUGA